AUGAAGCUUGCAUUAUGUGAUUACAAGCAGCCCUUAGUCUUGGAGUGGAAGAUUAAGGAAGAAAAGCUAGUGCCUUAUCAUGAAUGUCUUCAGAAAUUGACAUUUAAGUUUGGAAAGAUUCAAUACCAGUAUGUGCCAAGAAUGCAGAAUCAAAUUGCAGAUGCUUUAGCAAUAAUGGCAUCCAUGAUGGAUAGGCCCAAAGAAGACCAAGCUCGGCUAAUAGUGGUGGAACAAAAAGAAGAGUCAGCUUAUUGCAAGUCAAUAGAAGGAGACGAAGAAAUAAGUGGGGAGGGUGAAUGGUAUUCAGACAUCUUACAAUACCUCAAGGAUGGGACAUACCCGAAAUCUACGGAUAAGAAUGACCAAUUGACUAUCAGAAAGUUGUCCACUAAUUACACUAUUUGUGGUGAAAGGCUGUAUAUAAGGUCGUAUGAUAGAAUUCAUCUCCUUUGUGUGAUUGCCAUGGAAGCACAACAAAUAAUUGAGGAGGUCCAUGAGUCAAGUUAUAGGCAACAUAUGAAUGCACACAUAUUGUCACGGAAGAUAAUGGGACAGGGUUAUUUUUGGACUACUAUGGAAGCAGAUUGUGUGACUCAUGUUCAAAAAUGUCACUAG